AACAAGCUCAGCUGUGUUCCUAUCAGUGAUCUCCACCCCAAAAAAUACUGUUUUGUAUUUAUUUAACGUUAAAGAAUGACUAUUUCGUGACAUAUAUGUGAUAUUUGCAUUGCAUUAUAGAUAUAUAAUAACAGUGUUGAUCGGGUUCUGUCAUUUGAAGUGUCAUAAGGUGUAUAAUGCCCUCUUUGUGUUCGCUGCUAGCAUAUUAGCUUUAACGGCGGAAGGAAGAAAACCACCACCCCGACUCCAAGAAAUAUUUAUGGCCAAGCUGGACCACAAGACGAGUCGGUGGAGAUCGUGACCUCCACUGAUGAGCACAAGUAUUAUUUCUCAGUCUGCAGUGAUGUCUCCAAGAAAACGGCCGCUGCUUCCGGUGAGCAGUCGACGCAAAGCAGUGGACGACUUCUUCCCUUUCAACUUAUUGCCAGUGGAGUGCCAGCUGCAUGUCUUAUCUUUUCUGAAUGAAGUGGACAAAUGCAGUUGUGCUCUUGUGUGUCUGAGCUGGAGCUGCCUGGUGCGCUCAUGGAAGCUGUGGAGGGUCGCUGACUACUCUCGUCGAGGGGUCUUUCACCUUGGACAAGAGGGUCUACUGGUAUCUAACCGCGAGUUUGAGAGGUGGAAGUCCUGGGUCCACCACUACACGCACCACCUGAUCUCCCGCAGAGCCAGUCUGCUCACACUCAAAGCAAGCUUUGACCUGGGCGACCGCUGCCACAAGUGGAGCGAGCUGCUCACUCACCUACUAGACAAUGUGCACUGCCGAGACCUGAGCCAUCUAGACCUCAAUUGGACUUUCACCCUUCUAGAGCCUCUAGACCUACGAGUCCACACCAGCUCCAGUUCACACCAGGACAGCAUCACCAAAAUGGACCAGGUGAACAGCUUCCAGGAGCUGCUCACAAAGCUGACCCACAGCUGUCCUCGAAUCUCUAAGAUGCGUUUGCACUUUGACUGGUCGGACGAGUCUGUGUCUCUGCUUACACAGUUUCAGCAGCUCAGGGUCCUGGAGCUCAAGUACUUCUGGGUCUUUAAAGGGGUCACCCCCUCUACGCUGCAGACCCUCACCAAAUCUCUGCCCAACCUUAAGUCACUGACUCUGCACAUUCUGGUACCGCUGCGAAACCUGGGUAUCUCCUACACCCUAGAAUCCAGGUCUAUAGAGUUUCUAGAUGUGUCACCUAGUAGAGGUUUGGUUUUUUCCUGUCUCAAUCUGCCAGCCCUUCGUGAGCUCCGGGCCAAGAAAAUUGUCCGGGGGAUUACACUGGACCGAAGGACCAGGCUGAGGAUUCAGAGUCGUUGGCCAUGUUUGUAUCAUGUCCUACGGGAGGGGACACCCAAACUACAGACCCUGAAUAACGAGAGACUUCUCCCCACAUGGAGGGAUCAGAUGUAUGGAGAGAUGUCGGCCAUACUUGAUCAGUCAUGUUACUGUGUGCAACACUUAGACAGCUGGCUGUGGUAAACUUUGGUGCACAAUUAAAAGAGAGGUGGACCUUUUCUCAGUAGAACAGAAUGUGCAAAGAAUUGUUCUGAAUAGUUUGUUUCAUGGCUUAAAGCUAAAUCGCAAAUAUAAAAUUUGAAAAUUAAAAAAUGGUCUUAAAAUAUUUUGACAUUUACAAUUUACAAAAUACACACGUAAAACCUACGUUUGGAUAGGAAUUCUCUGACAUGAAACCAGUAUAAUGGGAAUUUUAAUAUUUUUACUUAUAUGCAAGUACAAGCUAGGCCAAAACUAUUAUUAAAACCCAACAUUUAGUUUUUCCUGCUUUUUUUGUCUUUACUGGAGAUUUUCUCAUGUGUCUGCCCUCUCAGAGCUAUGUUCAGUGAUGGCAGUGUGGUACUCACUGCGGUCUGGAGAACUACAUGGCAAAAGGCAGGUUUUUACAAUAUUUUUUCAAAAAUUCAGUUUUUAUACUAUUUCAUUUUGUUCUGUUUUCAUAUUCGUGAACUACAAACUUCCAUUGUAAUGUUUCCAUUCCAACAUUUUGUAUUAGGAUUUUGGCUGUAACUGUAAUAAUAUAUAAAACUAUAUGUUCUGCUCAAACAUUCUAUUGGGUAAAAAUUGCAAGUUGGAGAGAGAGAUCAUAUUUUUUUCAAGCAGACUGAUCUUAAGUAAUGAGUGAUUGUGUUUAUGACCAACAAUAGUCAAAGGUGCUAUGUGCUGUGUGCACUUUGUUCUCCAAUUAUUCCAGUUUGUAGCUUGAACUGUGUUGAAUAUCCAGACGAAAAAGAAAACCAUUCCACGUUCUAGUUUGUUGGAGAAAUUGCUAAACAUUAGCUAAUUAAGUGUAAAAAUGUUGUGAAAGUAAUUUAUAAAUAUGUGUCUCAAAGUUACAAAAUACAGUUUCUAAUAAUUUGAUUAAUGUCACAUUGUAGAUUUGUAAGAUUUGCUUUAACACUGCAUUAUAGAGAGUACAGAGUCACAUGCAUGGUGCUGUGAAUAACUUUCACCUGGUCCAUAGACAUUUCUUUAGGUUUUCAGGGGUACACAAUUUCAAAUUGUACAUAAUUUUUGUAUUGACAAAUUAUAGAUGAAUAAAUC